GGCCUUUCAACUAGACUUCCCCAUUAUCCCCCAAACAAACAUGAUAUCAGCAUUUCGAAAUACUUGUACUCUUUUCUCUCAUUACUGGUUAAACCCUAAACCCUACUUCCCUCUUCUUCUCAUUUCAACCCAAAAUUUCUCCAUUCCCAAAGCUCGUUGUCACUCUACAUUUCUUUUUGAUUCAAUGGAGGGUGGUGAUUUCCUCAAUCCUUCUUCUCUUUCGUCGGAGAAACUGGAGAAACAGUUCGAAGAAUUCCGGCAUCGUUUGGAGGAGUCAGGGAAUCUACGGGAGCGGAUACGAACAGUCGCAACGGAGAUAGAUUCAGUCACUCGGCUCAUAUAUGCCAGUCUUCUUCUCGUUCAUCAGUCUCGCCCUGUUGCUGAGGUUAUAGAGAAGGCCAAGUCUCAGAUUGGAGUGCUGAAGGAACUUUACAGUCGGCUUGCAGAAGUUUUACAUGAAUGCCCUGGUCAGUAUUACCGGUAUCACGGUGAUUGGAAGAGUGAAACCCAAACCGUGGUCUCAUUGCUUGCUUUUAUGCAUUGGUUAGAAACAGGGACUCUUGUUCUGCACAGUGAAGUUGAGGAGAAACUUGGGUUGACACCAACAGAAUUUGGACUUGAUGUUGAUGACUAUCUUAUUGGUAUUUGUUUCAUGUCCAAUGAGCUGCCUAGAUAUGUGGUGAACCAAGUGACAGCUGGGGAUUACGAUUGCCCACAGAAGGUUUUGAAGUUCUUGACAGAUCUUCAUGCAGCAUUUCGCAUGCUUAAUCUCAGGAAUGAUUUCUUGCGCAAAAAGUUUGAUGGAAUGAAAUAUGACCUGAGGAAAGUUGAAGAAGUAUUUUAUGAUGUAAAAAUCAGAGGCUUGGCUGCUAAUGGAGACUCAGGUGGAGAAAAACAGGCACAAGGACAAUCUUGAAUAUCUAUCUGUGCACUGACUAUUAAAAUAGGAUUUUGUCUUUGUAUUUGUGUAUGUUCAAGGAUGGGGAGUGGCUCUGUUCUCCUGUAAUGCCUCAAUGCUGAUUCUGCUGAUACUGUCAAUGAAACAGAAAAGAGUUGGAAGUCUAUGCUAUUCCUUUUGCCAA